CAGAGGGUGACAGAAACGGUGGAAGAAAACACCCUUGAAACCAGGAGGACCACUCUGCUCCACUUGCUCACUUCAUUUUUUCUAUAAACAUUAUGGCACUAGGAAUGGAAACAGUAAGAAGUGGGACCUCAGGCAACAAGACGUGUGACAAUGAGAUCUCAAUGCAUAUCUUCUUGCACUACUCAAUUAUUCCUGCUGUGUUUAUUGCUGCAGUGCUCUCAUAUCUGCAAAGGAGAGUCCGACAUCUGCCUAUCGAUGAGAAAAUUUCGAUUCUGAAAGGCCGUUUUGGGAUAGUUGUCCCACUGGACUUCACUGGGAGCUUCAGCAACAGGUGGUCUUAUGGCUUUGCCUUUGGUACCGUGUCCUCCAGUGUAAUAUUACUCUUCUCUGAGGCAUACGUACCAGUGAACUUCCCAACAUGGGCAAGAGUUUUUGUGUACCUCAUUGGGGCACUGGAGGUGGGCCUGGCCUACUAUCCCUUCUUUGCCUGCUUGUCCACUCCUUUUCUUGGCUUUGGAGCUGUGAUGGGAAUCCUCUACACCGUGGUCUGGGUUAUUGUGACUCUGUGGGACACCAUCACCUGUCCUGGUGGUUUAGUGCUGGGCCAAUACCAGAAACCCAUAUUUCAGUGGCCAAGUAUUCUGUGUCUCAUCUUCCUGCUGGGCCGCUUUGUCCACAUGCUGGUGAAGGCUGUUCGCAUUCACAUGGGCCUGGAGAAUAAGGAGGACCAGGGGGGGCUCAUUCAAACCCACCAGGCCAAAUAUGUGCAGGCCUUGAUGUCAAACUCCCCAGAACGGAGAAUGAUGAAAAACUGGUUUCAGAGGAAGAUAUACGACUGGGACCCCUACUUUAAAUUCCCCAACAGAAUCAUUGGCACUUCCGUUGUCUCGAUUAUUGGCCUGUACAUGAUCACGAUAGCGGACCACAGUGUCAGCAGCUACGCCUUUGACUAUUUGGACAAGCUAAAGGAAUCCUUUGCAGACCUGAGUGGUUCCUGCAACCAGACAGACAACUGGUUUGCUGCUGUUAUCCCUCACAUGGAAAGGUUUUCUUAUGUCGCCAGAAAAGCCUGGCUUGUCACAGCCAUUUUUUCCUGCCUGACAUCUGUGUCAUAUAUUUUUCAUGUCUUAUCAUGCUACAGGAAGCACCUCAGGAGGCUGUGGGCAGGAAAUAAGAGCUUUCUGCCAAAGUAUUUUCAUAAUCCCACUCCUGCGGUUAGUGUGGCUGCCAUUGCAAGGUAUUCUGGCUGGCAAAUAGCUUUUACAUUAUGGGGCUAUCUCAUCAUUCACUUUGUCCAAUUCCUCUUUGCACUGAUUGUUGCAUAUGGAAUCAUCUUGCCCAUUGUGAACGGCAGAGUCCUGGAACUGCUCAAACACCUUGGCUUAAUCCUUUUAACUGUGGCACUGGUCAUUGGAUUAGUGAUACUUCAGAUUAUACUGGUUCAGAUAUUCUUCCUUCAAGAGAAGAUAUCACCCACAAAUAAGAAUAAACCUCUAGCCCUCAACAACAGGAAGGCAUUUCACAACUUCAACUACUUUUUCUUCUUUUACAACGUAAUCAUGGGCCUGAGCAACUGUAUCCUCCGUCUCUUCCUGAGUGUAGUAGUGGGCACGUGGCUGGUGUCUCGCAUAGAUCGCACCAUCAUGCAAAGGGGCUAUGAGUUCCUGGACCCAGGGUACAAUACCUGGGUUGGUAUGAUCUUUGCUGACCAUUACCAUGGCAACCCUGUCAUGAUCUGCUUCUGCCACAUCCUGUUGAAUGAAGGACUAGCGAGGAAAAAGAGAACACAGCCAUCAUACACCCAGUUCAACAAUGAAGUGUCUGUGCCAGCGGUGUACAGUCGGGCACGGAGACGAUGGCUUCUUCUUUACACCCUCCUGAAAAACCCUCAGCUGAUUCUGCUCCGCAAACGCCGACCCGGCUCUCAGCAGAAUGGCCUGGACACAAUCACUCUCGCCUACGUGCUGGAGUCUCAGAGUCGGGCACUGUCGCUACAAAAGCGAGACGAUCCAGAUGCAGUUGGCACGCUGAGAGAGCGCCAGGUCUGCUAACGGAUUUCUGGCAGAAUACAAUUCCAGAAGACCCAUGUCUUCCUUCCCUUGAAUGGCUUCAUCUCUGUUGUCUGAUUCUGGUCAGCAUGGAGUGCAUAUGCACAUGAAAUGUCAUGGACAACAAACUGUGGUCCUUUAUUGUCAUUCUUCUUCUUUUUAAAUAUAUUGGAAGUAAUGCUAUCGAUUUUGAAGGUACCUUUUCAGCUUAUCAUGGCAUUCUGCAGUGAAAUUUGUUUUCUGUGUAUUGUACAUAUUGGACAGCGGUGUCAGAUAUACAGAACGGUUCUGUUUGAAAGUAGGUGAAACCCUGGUGUCCCUUAGUCUGACUGCAAAAUGGUUACUUAAUGAGUCUUUAGUCUUUCUAAUCUGACAUAACAGGUGGGUGAUUACCACUUCUAUAUGUUGCUUUAGGGGAAAUGAUGUGUGCAGUAGAAAAAAAGUGAAGCAGUGCAGCUGCAAAAAUAAAUGAACCCUAAGUUACACGGGUUAAACUAAAUAGCUAAGUGUAAUCAGGUGUGUAAAUCAUAAUCAUUUAUUAGUUUUAUAAGUGUAUUUUACGAUUUAACAUUUUAAUUUCUUUUAAUAUUAUAUGCAAGAGUAAUGAGCAUCCCUGCAGAGCUCACAUACUUUCAAGCAACACUUUACAAUCUGCAGGAUGACUGGCGAAAUAUUUUACUAAGAGCUAUUAAUGAACUGUUUCAUUAGAAAUAUUUAAAUAAGUAGGCUACUUGCCAUGUUUAUGAGUUUCUAUGAAUUUUGUUAUAUAGCAAUUUCUUUCAACGGGGAUCUCCUCAAAUCACAAAAAGUUUGAGCUAAGAAUAGAACAGUACAACAGUAUACUAUGCAACGGCUUUAAUUACUUUCACUACCUAUAAACAGUGUGUUCCCUCUCUGUUAGUUAUUGUCUCUGGCUUGCAGCAGGUGUUGUGAUUGCUAUUAAGACCAUGGUAUGAAAUCAGUUUGACAUCUCUAGUUUAUAUUUUUCAUAUAUCAACCGUUACUGUAACUAGCUACUGAAGUAUGUUUACCUCUUCACAGCAAACAUGCAGUGACUGUUUUUAAAAGGGGAAAAAGUGUUGCAUGCUGUAAAAUGCUUGCACUAUUAUCACAGUGUCAAGGCGUCAUGAAAAGGUGAGUGAUAGUGAAGACUGCAUUGUUAAUGAAAAGUGAAGCUGUACGUAAAGUGUGCAUGAAGAAUUUUUUGGUCUCUACCAUGGAUUCGUGUUCAUUCAGUCUGUUGAACACCCUGUGAUACCUUUGAAAAAGAUACAGAAAAUCUGGUUUUGCUGGAUUGCAUUGGUGUUUACUGGUAUUUUGUCGGACUCCAGUGGUUUCCUCUGGCAGUGCAGUGAUCUCUUUUAACACACUCUGGUGUAACUUGAAGAAGUAACAAUCCAAAGUGGUUUUUUUAAAAGACCAUUGUAAUUUUAGUGAUGAUUUAAAGCACCAUAUUAUCAUCUAAGCUGUAAUGACUGCUUUGUAUCUUAUGGCGUUUCCUGAUGUUUUCCUGUUGUCUUUAUCUGGUUAAAUCACACAAGUCUAAUGGCAGUUUUUCUCCAAAGCAGAUUAAUGUAUUACAUGGAUGCAAUUCAUCCUU